UUUACAUUUUCACAGUGACAAUAAUGUUUUGGUUUUAUUUUUAAACUCAAUAUUACUAUAUUAAUUCAUUAAAUUAUUCUGUGCAUUUCAGUGCCCAUUGCUAGGAGGAGAACAAUAGCUUUUUUACUUCUUCUUGCAAGACUGCGGAGGAGGGGUAUAAGGAGAAGGAGCCAGUACUGGGUCCAUCCACUGAACCAGCGCAGGCUUCAACAAGGAGACUUUUACCAUCUUGUGGCUGAACUGCGUUUGGAUAGUCAACGCCAUCACCAGUAUUUUAGGAUGAGUGCAGAGAAGAUGGAUGAGCUACUCUCAAUCAUUGGCCAUGAACUCACCAGAAAAAAUACCAACUACAGGUGUGCCAUAGAACCAAAGCAAAGACUGGCUGUUGGACUAAGAUACUUGGCUUCUGGUGACUCAUUGAUCAGCCUUGCAUUUAGUUACCGCCUUGGCCACACAACAGUGAUGAACUCUGUGCAUAUGGUGUGUGCUGCCAUUGAAAAGGUCAUGAUGCAGACAUUUUUGCCCCGGCCAACUGCAGACUCGUGGAAGGAGAUAGCUCAACGCUUCUGGGAGAAAUGGAACUUCCCAAACUGCCUGGGAGCACUUGAUGGGAAACAUAUUGUAAUUCAAGCACCACCCCUGUCCGGUAGUCAGUACUUUAACUACAAAAAGACUUUCUCCAUUGUGCUUUUGGCACUUGUGGAUGCAGACUACCGAUUCAGGUGCAUACAGGUGGGGGACUUUGGAAGAACAUCUGAUGGUGGUGUGUACGCAGGAUCUGAUUUGGGGAGGGAAAUGGAGAACAAAACUCUACAGGUUCCUCCUAGUACCUGUCUGCCUGGUGCUGCUCACCUCGGGGAUUUCCCACAUGUCAUGGUGGGUGAUGCAGCAUUUCCUCUUAAGACAUACUUAAUGAGACCCUACCCAGGACAGAACCUCACCCACAGGAAGAGGAUUUUCAACUACAGACUCUCGAGAGCAAGGAUGGUAGUUGAAAAUGCCUUUGGAAUUUUGGCGGCACGUUGGAGGAUUUUUCAUCGCAGGAUUAACCUGCACCCAAAAAAUGUGGAUAGAGUUGUGGUGGCAGCAUGCAUCUUGCACAAUUUCCUCCUUGCCCCAAGUGAAAAUGUACGGCUGCUGGAAGAAGCAGAGGAAUUAGGGAGACACAUGGGACCAGUGAGAAACAUGGGGGGAAACAGGGCAUCAAGAGAAGCCUGUGCUGUUAGGGAGAGCUUUGCCACUUUCUUCAAUUCUCCCGAGGGAAGUGUGUCUUGGCAGGACAGAAUGGUGUAAAAAACCUUGCCAUUCCUGUUGACUGAAACACAUUAUAUAUUUAUUGUGUGUACUGUUUUUUUAUAUUGUACUGUAAUGUUAAGUUAUGUGAAU